AUGACAAAGAGCUCCCCGCAAACAGCGAAGAAGUUUGUGGAGUCAAUCUCGCUUGAUAUAGAUGUGGAGACAACACGGCAGCUGUUAUGCAGUAAAAAAGGCUUCGUUGCCCUGCCGUCCUCGAUUGGAGUCCUGUGCCGUCAGCUGCGGAAGCUGGACUUGUCGGCCAAUGACCUCACAGACCUCAGUCCACUGGCCACGCUGCAGCACCUCUCUAACCUGAACAUCGCACACAACGGCCGUCUGGCUUCGCUGAAGGGCUUGUCCGGGACGUGUCUCUCCGUUCUGAACAUCUCCUUCUGCGCGGUGGAGUCGCUGGAAGGGCUCGAGCACACCGCUCUCACCCUGCGCACCCUCAUUGCCAACGACAAUCGCCUGCAGUUACACUCCCCGCUCCUCGCCGAUGUCGUGGCGGCGACUGGCGAGGAUGCAGUGGAGAUGGAAGCUGCACGUGAGCACCUGCCUGAGUCCUUGCGCAGGAGCAGUAGUGACAGCGGUGCACACCUGCGUGCAGUGGCGCAGCGCAACUACGCCAUUUUUUCCACCUUUCAGCAGUGUGAGACUGUCGUGCUGUCCCGCAACACGCGCCUCUGCCAGCUCUUUCCGGCCUGGGGCGUGGAGGAGGUGGCGGCGGAGUGUGGUGAGGUUUCAGGUCGCGCAAGUGCAGCGGCGGAUGACGAGGGUAGCGACGACGCGGCCGACGGCACUUUCACCACCAUGUCCGCUGACGGCGACGGCGGCGAUUCCGCGAGUCGUGGAAAGAAGCACCGCGCGUCUGCGGCUAAGCGACGUAAUCAUCGAGGGAUCGCUGUACACCCGACGGAUCCGUCGGCCUCCGACACCGCUGCAGUCGCUCGCAAACCCGUCGGUGACUCACCCGAGAUGGCGGCGUACAAUCAGCGGCGGCACGCGCUGGCCUUGGCGCACCCCCUCUCUGUGUUUGAGAGGCUGUCACAGUUGAGGAAGCUGUCGCUGAGCGGCUGUGAGCUGCACUCGUUGCCAGUGCGGUGGUUUCUGCCCAAGGUGACGGAGCUGCGGCUGGCACAGAACCACCUCACCUCUCUUCAGCCGGACGGCGUCAUUUUGCGCUCCCUGCAUAUCCUCGACAUCAGCAGCAACCUCUUCGCAUCUGUGGCGUCCCUACGCCGGUGCCGCUACCUGGAGCAGCUGAACUUGCGUGGUAACCCGCUCAUCGAGGAGGGUGCCGUGCAGGACAAGGCAGCCGGACUAACCACCGCUGAGCGAAUCGCAGACGUGGCAUCGACAACCUCUUCCGCAGGCGCCAGUGCGGUUCCCAUCGCGGUGCAGCAGCGUCUCCUCCGCUUGUUCUCCAAUAUGAAGUUGCUGGACGGACAACGAAUGAUGACGGCGGGGCAGGUACGCGCCGCGUAUAUGCAGAGGAACGCGCGAUCGGCAGCAGAGUGGCAGGAAAAGUUGACCGAGAUGGGCAGUAGUGACGGCCCCGACAUUGUUGCUAGUCCGCAUGCGGCACGCGAUGAUGUAAGCGAUGCACACGCUGCCUCGGAUGAUAGCGAGAGGGGCAGUAGUUCCUGCGAAGCGCCACCCACGGCAGCAAUGGUGCGCACCGAGGCACGAUCCCCUGCCCGCAAAGCACGCCGUGUCGACUCUGCGGUCAUCGCCGCGGAGGCGGAUGAGAAGGAUGUCGUCGUCGAGGCUCCCUUGUCAGUGGUCAAGACUGCACACGCGCCGAUCGUGCGGCGGGAGCGCGUGCUGCUGCGUCCUGGAGCCGCCACUGCUUCAGGUUGUAACGCAGCCGCGGCGGGGCAGAAGCGAAAGGGUGGCCAGACUCCGACAUCACCCGCUUCUGUCGUUUACGGGCAGGCGGCGGUCGCAAAGCUGCUCGAGCAGAGCCGCAGCACGAAGGCGUGGUAG